GUUUCAAGAAAAUGUACCAGAAAUUGCUUUCUUUCAAGAGAUUCCUCAGUAUAUGACUACUUUGAAUUCCCUGUUGAACAUCACUGAGAAUUUAACAGAUUCUAGCAAGCAAGAGAAGUUAAGAGAUGUGCUUAAAAAUGUGGAUCAACUCAAAGAGGAACUCAGAAACACAUCAGGAAUGUCCACAGCCAGUAUUGAUGCUCUUCUGGAAGCAUCUCUGCCAGAAAACAGCAGUCAGCUCAUUUCUCAGAUCCUCCAGCUGGAAUCUUGUAGCGUCCAUCCUGCUGACCCAGAGCUGGAAAGAGUAGCAGAGGAGUUCUGCAAUCUCUCCCUUUCGGAGAGGACGCGGGAGACGUACAUCCUGGGGGUCACUUUGUUACAACACUUGGAUGUUUACAAUUUCUUAUACAAGAUGUUUUUCCCUAAGGAACUCCAGAAACCCAUGGACAAGAUGUUAGGCCUUCUGACAAAACUGAAAUAUUUCAGACUCCAGGUUGAAUCUGGUGCUGAUCCAUUGCUACAAGCUAUUCAUUCACUGAAGAAGCUCCGGCAGUCUAGAAAUGUGCCACUGACUAAGGCAUUAUUUAAACCAACCGAUCUGAGGGGAACACGUGGCACAUUUAAGUCCAUGUCAAAAGUUCUCUGCAACCAGGACAUCACACCCCUGUUUUUUGAGUCCUUGCUUCCAGAUUUUGGAGACCCUGUAAGCAACAGUUCUUCUAUGGAGGAUGUCUAUGUCCAAAAGAUGAUGAGUAAAUAUGGAAUUCCUCAUGACUCCACGCCAUUUUGCUUAUCCUUUUACCUGGACCUGGUCAAGACCCCGACUGGAGCUUUAAUUUGGUCUUUUUUAAAACCAAUGGUGCUUGGGAAGAUCCUUUAUACCCCAGAUACGACAGAAACUCGAGCAAUCAUGGGAAAGUCUAAUGCGACCCUGAAGCAGAUGGCUGAUCUAGCCCUUAAGUCCCAGGAGUGGUUGGACAAGUCUCCUGUCAUCAUGAAUUCACUGGCAAAGUUAAACCAGACAAUUCCAAUGAUCAAGAACACACUGCAGAAUCCCUUUGUGCAGGUUUUUAUCAAGCUGAUGGUGGAUUUGGAUGCAGCUGAAUUGCUGAAUCAAAUAAAUGAGCUGGAUGAUAUUCGGCUGGAAUUACAGAACAACGCUGACAUUGUCGAUCAGCUGAAUACAUUAGCUACCCUUGCUGUAAACGUGUCCUCCUGCGUCUCAUUUAAUCGCAUUCAGGCAGUCAGAAGCUUAGAGGAGAUGGAAAUGGUGGCUAAGGAGCUCUUUCUGAAGAACGAGCUUUUCGCGAGUAUUAUUUUCAAGCUGCCUUCAAGUCGGAGCAGCGCUGGGCGCUCCGUUUCUGAGGACUUGUCCCUCCCUCCUGUGCUCAACUACACCAUCCGAAUGAGCAGCAGGAUCACGCAAACCACCAACAGAAUAAGGGAGCGCAUCUGGACAGUGGGCCCGCACAACUCCACCUCCCAGAGCCAGAUUUACAGCCGGGCCUUUAUUUACAUCCAGGACAGCAUUGAAAGAGCCAUUAUCGAAUUGCAGACUGGCAAGAAACCAGAGGAAAUAGCUGUUCAAGUCCAGGCCAUGCCUUACCCCUGCUACAAUAAGGAUAUGUUCUUAACCAGCGUGACCUACUCUCUUCCAUUUGCUCUGAUGGCUGCCUGGGUGCUGUUUAUAGCUGAUUUUGUUAAAACACUUGUUCAGGAGAAAGAUCUGAGGCUUUAUGAGUACAUGAAAAUGAUGGGUGUUAAUGCCAGCAGCCAUUUCAUCGCCUGGUUCAUAGAGUGUGCCAUCUUCCUUCUAAUUACUGUCACCUUCCUCAUCGUUGUUCUAAAAGUGGGUGACAUCCUUCCCAAGACAAACACAGUGCUCCUGUUCCUGUACCUUAUGGACUACAGCCUGUCCAUCAUAGCCAUGAGCUACUUCAUCAGUGUUUUCUUCAAUAACACCAACAUAGCAGCCCUGGUGGGCAGUCUUGUGUACAUCCUCACCUUUUUCCCCUUCAUCGUGUUGCUUGUCAUAGAAAAUCAUUUGAGUUUCUCUGUGAAGAGCUUACUGAGUCUGUUAUCUCCAACUGCUUUCAGUUAUGCAAGUCAAUACAUUGCUCGAUAUGAAGCACAGGGCAUAGGUCUGCAGUGGGACAACAUGUAUAAGUCCCCAAUGAUUGGAGACAACACUUCCUUUGGCUGGAUGUGCUGGCUCAUUCUGAUAGACUCUUUCAUUUACUUCAUUCUGGGAUGGUAUAUAAGGAAUGUUUUCCCAGGUAGAUACGGCAUGGCCGCUCCCUGGUAUUUCCCAUUGCUUCCAUCCUACUGGGUCGAAUACAACAGUUACCUCCCCUUCUGGAAUGAGAAACGAAGAGGCUUUCCCCUCACCAAGCUGAUGUUCAGGAAAGAAGCCACCCUCAACAAUAAGAUAUGUGCCUCCCCGCCUCAUCUGGAACCAGAGCCCACCGAUCUCACCUUGGGAGUCUCCCUCCGUGGCAUAACGAAGGUUUAUGGAUCCAAAGCUGCAGUGGACAACCUCAGCCUCAACUUCUACGAAGGGAAUAUCACUUCCCUGCUGGGACACAAUGGAGCCGGAAAAACUACAACCAUAUCUAUCUUGACUGGGUUGUUCCCUACAUCAUCAGGUGCUAUCUUUGUGUAUGGCAAAGACAUCAGGACUGAUCAGGAAGUUAUCAGGAAGAACAUGGGGGUGUGUAUGCAGCACAACGUGCUCUUUGACUACCUCACCACAAAGGAACACCUGCUGCUCUAUGGGUACAUCAAAGUCCCUCACUGGAGUAUACACGAGCUCUACCAAGAAGUGAAGAGGACUUUGAAGGAGACUGGACUGUACAGCCAUCGUCACAAGCUAGCUGGCUCCCUAUCAGGGGGGAUGAAGAGGAAGCUAUCUAUAGCUAUUGCUCUCCUGGGUGGAUCAAGGGUGGUGAUCCUAGAUGAACCAACCACAGGGGUGGAUCCGUGCUCUCGGAGAAGCAUUUGGGAAAUUAUCUCCAAGAAUAAAAAAGGCAGAACCAUCAUUCUCUCAACUCAUCACUUGGAUGAAGCAGAAGUUCUGAGUGAUCGAAUCGCCUUCCUAGAGCAUGGAGGGCUCAAAUGUUGUGGUUCACCAUUCUACCUCAAGGAAACUUUUGGUGAUGGAUACCACCUGACACUUACAAAAAAGAAGAACAUGAUAGAAGAGUGUGACACUACAGCAGUGACCUCCUUGAUCCAGUCCCACCUCCCAGAGGCUUAUCUCAAGGAGGACAUUGGUGGAGAGCUUGUCUAUGUGCUUCCUCCCUUCAAGUCCACUGUCUCAGGAGCCUACCAGGCACUUCUCAGAGCCCUUGAUACCAGCUUGAGUGAUCUCCACCUUGGCUGCUAUGGGAUUUCAAACACAACUGUGGAAGAGGUGUUUCUCAAUCUGACGAAAGAGCUUGUGAAGGAUCAGCAAGAAGAUGCUGAGCUGCCCCAACAGCUACCUGGAGCCAGUGGCCAAAUGGGCAGUGACGGGAUGUCUGUGAGCACAGAUACCUUCACAGAAAGAGAUGAUCAGCUCCUGAUUAGAUCAAAAAGCCUGCAGGGUUUGCCGUUGCUGCUUAAGAAGACAUCAGCUUUGUUCAUUAAGAGGCUCCACCACACGCGGCGGGAUGUCAGAGGCUUCGUUGCCCAGGUCCUUCUCCCCGUCCUCUUUGUGACGGCUGCCAUGGGACUUGGGACGCUGAGAACUAAGGAGACCGAAUAUCCCGAACUGCUCCUUUCCCCCUCCCUGUACGGCACGUCCGACCAGGCAGACUUCUUUGGCAAUUUUAAUGAAACCACAGAUGCUUUAGUCGCUUCGAUGCUUGCUUUCCCUGGAACGGAUAACACGUGCAUGAAUGAAAGCAAUUCGCAGUGUUUAAAGGAGGAUGUGCUUGGCCCAUGGAUUAUCAGUGGGAAUCAGAGUACUGAGUAUUCUUCCUGCAACUGCACCCAUGGAAUCCAGAUGUGUCCACAGACAAACUACACACCCCCUCACCGAAGAACCUUCUCCACGCGGACAGUUUAUAACCUCACAGGGCACAAUGUGGAGACCUACAUUCUGGCAACCACCAAAGACUUCCUGCAGAAACGGUAUGGUGGCUGGAGCUUUGGCCUGCCUUUGACAAAAGAUCUCCAGUUCGAUAUCAAGCCCGUGCCCCCCAACAGAACACUGACUAAGGUGUGGUACAAUCCCGAAGGUUAUCACAGCCUUCCAGCCUAUCUCAACAGCUUGAACAACUUCAUUCUUCGAGCUAACUUGCCACAAAAUGAGACUUCCAGAUAUGGUAUUUUCUUAUCAGCUCACCCAUAUCCUGGAGGACAGAGUCAAGAACAAGUAAUGCUCAACAGCUUACUUGACAUCAUAGUUUCAAUGUCUGUUUUGGUUGGCUACUCUAUCACAACGGCAAGCUUUGUGCUCUACGUGGUAAAAGAACAUCAAACCAAAGCCAAACAACUGCAGCAUAUUUCAGGCAUCGGGAUGACAAGCUAUUGGGUGACUAACUUCGUUUAUGAUCUGGUACUUUUUAUGGUUCCUAUUGGACUCUCAAUAGCAGUUAUUUCAUCCUUCCAGAUACCAGCUUUCUGCAACAACAGUAACUUACUGGCAGUAUUUCUUCUGCUGUUACUGUUUGGGUAUGCAACGUUUUCAUGGAUGUACCUGCUGGCUGGACUUUUCAAAGAAACAGGAAUGGCCUUCAUCGUUUAUGUCUGCGUCAACUUGUUCUUUGGCAUCAAUACCAUCAUUACUCACUCGGUGGUAUUUCUACUCUCCCAGGAAAAGGCCACAGACCAGGGCUUGCGUGAUCUUGCUGAAAACUUGAGGCAUGCAUUCCUUCUGUUCCCACAAUUUUGCUUUGGCUAUGGCUUGAUUGAACUGUCACAGGAUCAGGCACUGAUGGGCUUCUUAAAGGCCUAUGGAGUGGACUAUCCUGAUAAAACCUUUGAGCUGGACAAGACCACAUCUAAGCUGCUUGCCAUGUUUAUCCAGGGCACUGUGUUUUUUGCCAUUCGUCUUACAGUUCACGACAGGAUGGUUCAGAGAGUCUGGAACAACAUACUAGAGUUCCUGUUUGACAGAGUGCAUGGCAAAGCAGCACUUCUGCCACCUGCAGCUGAAGAGGAUGGAGAUGUCCAGGCAGAGAGGAACCGGGUGGAAUCUGGCAAAGCUGACUUUGAUGUUGUGCAGCUCCAGAACCUCACAAAGAUCUACCACCUUCCUCACAAACGCAUUGUGGCUGUGAAAAACAUCAGCCUUGGGAUGCCUGCUGGAGAGUGCUUUGGCUUGCUUGGUGUGAACGGAGCUGGAAAAACGACCAUCUUUAAGAUGCUGACAGGUGAUAUCGGAGCAUCCAGCGGAAGGUUGCGGGUCCAGGAUCGCUCUGGGUCCUUGAAUGACAUUAGUGAGGCACACUGGUCACUCUUUGGCUACUGUCCUCAAGAAGAUGCCUUGGAUGACUUGCUGACAGUGGAAGAGCACAUGUAUUACUAUGCUAGGCUCCAUGGCAUCCCAGAGAGAGAGAUCAAAGGAGUUGUGCUCCAGCUCCUCCACCGUCUGAAUCUGAUGGCCUACAAGGACAGAGUCACCUCUAUGUGCAGUUAUGGCACCAACAGAAAAUUGUCGACUGCUCUGGCUCUCAUUGGGAAUCCAUCAAUUCUGCUGCUGGAUGAGCCAAGCUCUGGAAUGGAUCCGAAUGCUAAACGCCACCUUUGGAAAAUCAUCAGUGAGGAAGUGCAGAACAAGUGCUCAGUGAUACUCACGUCUCACAGCAUGGAGGAAUGUGAAGCCCUCUGUACCAGGCUGGCUAUUAUGGUGAAUGGGAGUUUUCAGUGCAUUGGCUCUUUGCAGCACAUCAAGAGCAGGUUUGGAAGAGGAUUCACUGUGAAGAUGCACUUAAAUAGCAACACUGUUUGCACUGAGACGCUGACAGAGUUCAUGAAGUCACACUUUCCCAAUACAUGCCUGAAGGAUCGGCAUUUCAACAUGGUGGAGUAUCACGUUCCGGUAUCUGCAGGAGGGGUGGCAAAUAUCUUUGAUCUCCUGGAAGCCAACAAAGCAGCCUUCAAUAUCAGGCACUUCUCAGUGAGUCAAACAACGCUGGAGGAGGUUUUCAUCAACUUUGCUAAAGAUCAGGCAGAUCCUGACGGCGUGGAUGUGGGUCCUGAUGUGACACUGGACAGCUCUGACACAAGUAGCCAAGUUAGCACCAUAAGCUCCAUCUAUUGA